AUGAAUGUUAGGAGUGAGCCGCUUUGUUCUCUCGAGGGCUGUUCUGAUGCCUAUGGAGUCGGUAUUCGAGCCGCAUUUUAUGCACAAUGGCUUGGCUCCCUUCUGAUGGAAUACCUCUCUAAGGAGAACCUCGCAGAUUUGCGGUUUAUCAGUAUAUUUUCUUCAGCAGCCGCGUCUAUAUCUCUCGUCAUCGGAGUCGCUUAUAACUCCCUUGAGCCACUCGACAUAUACUUCUUACUUCUUCUGGCCAUGGGUUUCUUCAUAUUUCAGAUCCCAUUAAACAUCUGGCGUAUCCUCACGAGAUGUCAAGCUCACCUUGACCCGUUUCAGCUCUCAAAAGAGAGCCACGGACAUUUCUACCAUCUCAUGAGUCUUACAGUACUCUCAGCUAACGUUUCAGUUGGAACCUGGUACUUCAAGACUUUUCUCCCUCAGCUCGACCGUGAUUGCCGUGACCUGGUCUUUCUAUUUGGCAAGGUCAGUCUGGAAAGUCAAGGGUAUACCACAGCUGGGUCGGUAUUCUUCAUUGGGAUUCUUGUCGCCAUUGGCGGGCUUAUCUUUUUGAACGCUUGUUGCACUUUCACCAAGUCGAGUUCGCGACAUAGGAGAGCGAGGUCGAGAAAUACUUGGCGACUCAAAGUACUCCGCGGAAUAUCUGGCUUCAUCGUCUUUACAUUUUUGGUUCUAUCGAUCGAGCUUCCUAUUAAGUGGAACCACAUUCAAGGCGUCAACGACUUUACCACAGUCGCACAGUUACUGCCCCUUAUGCUCACCAUUGGAAUAUUCCUACGAUCUUGGGCUGUUUAUGCCAGCGGAGCCAAGGUUACCUCGGGAGGACGAAGGCGACGCAGACCUCCUUCAACUUCCACUUCCUCUUCAUCGACAUCUACAUCUACAUCGACCGCAUCAAGUGGCAACUCUUCUCAAGUCAUAGGAUAUUAUUAUAUGUACCCUACUGAUCACAAUGAUGAGGAAGAUCCCCAAUACGACCACGAUGAUUACUAUGACUAUUAUAACGAUUACAAUAACAACUACAACUACAACUAUUCAAACACAGCCGAGGGGGAUGAAACCCAGAUUCAGUGGCCACAAGGAGUUCAUUUCUCACGUUGUUCCCAAACUCAGCCCGUCACAACCGCCAGCCGAUACCCUUUCAUUCCAAUUGAUACUGCAGUAGCACCGAAAAUGUCGUCAAAGGAAACCUCCAAGAGCAAGGACAAGGAUAAGUCCAAGGUCCAUAAGCUGUCCCUCAAAGGCAGCGCUCGUCUUGUCGCUGAAUUUUUCCAAUAUUCUAUUCACAGCAUUCUCUUCCAACGAGGUGUCUAUCCUGCCGAGGACUUUACAGUCGUCAAGAAAUAUGGCCUCAACAUGCUGGUCUCGGCCGAUGACCAAGUAAAAGCCUACAUCAAAAAGAUCAUGUCCCAGCUCGACAAAUGGAUGGUCGGCGGCAAGAUCUCCAAGCUCGUCAUCGUCAUCACAGACAAAGACACAGGCGAGCACGUCGAGCGCUGGCAAUUCGACGUCCAAAUCUUCCAACCCGUCAAGAAAUCCAAGUCCUCCAAAUCCUCCUCCAAAUCCCAAGAAAACGCCGCUCCCGCUGGUUCCGCACCCACAGCCCCCGAAAAGACAGAAACAGAGAUCCAAGCCGAGAUCGCAGCUAUUUUCCGACAAAUCACCGCAUCUGUUACGUUCCUGCCUCAGCUCAGCGGCGAUUGCACAUUCAACGUCCUCGUUUACGCUGAUGCGGAUAGUGAGGUUCCUGUUGAGUGGGGUGAUUCGGAUGCGAAAGAGAUUGAGAAUGGAGAAAAGGUGCAACUAAGGGGUUUCAGCACGGCGAAUCACCGUGUUGACACUUUGGUCAGCUAUCGAUUUACGGAUUAA